AUGGACGAAAGCCAAGGAAAAGUAGUCGCAGGUGGCAAUGGACGAGGAAAUCGUCUCGACCAAUUGGAUCAUCCGAGAUACGUAUUCGUUGAUCGAGAUCAUUCAGUGUAUGUAUCAUAUUGUAGUAAUCAUCGUGUAAUAAAGUGGAUGGAAAGUGCAAAACAAGGCCUAGUUGUUGCUGGUGGUCAAGGUGAAGGAAAUAAUCUUACACAGUUAUAA